UUGCCCCCACUCAGAUGGGAAAAUGAGGAUCAGAGCACUCCAAGGCUGCACGAGAAAUCUGCAGCAGAGCUGGAGAUCCUGCUCAGAUCUCAGUCCUGAGCCAGCAGCUCAACCACCAGCCCUUCCUGCCCUCUGGUCGUGCUUUUAUUCCUGUUGUCAGUUCAACAGAAGGGUUGUACCACACGAGGCUCCUCAGCUGAGGAGUUUAUAGUGCAAUUCAGUUGUCCUGGGGACAUGCUGGAGGGAUGGAGACUUCCUGAGCUGCUCUGCAAGGAGACCUGGUUGGAAAAUCAGGUUUAAGACCUUCUGGAAGAGAUGAACAAAGACUUCCCCAGCUGAGCUAUUCCAGAGGCUCCUGAGCUGCCUCUGUGGGUAGUGAGUCAACAAAUGGUCUCUGUGAGCUGCCAGGAGCUGCUGCCCUCCUUGACCAGCCUCGAGAGCUUGACCAGUGCUCUGCAGUGCAGGAUGCCACCGUCCCUUCUGCCAGGACAUGGCAGUGAGAGGACAUCUGGCCCCCCAGAGGGCUUUGGCCACCUCCUGGCAGGCAGCACUAGCCCCGCUGAAGGCGUCCUGCUGUCCAAGGGGGAACAGCCCAAAGCCCAGCUCGCCGUCUGCGAGGCUCAGCUCAGGCUGCCCGACUUCUGCAGCAGCCUCUCCCAGGACUUCAUCCCCACCCUGGAGGAGAUCGAGGAGUUCCUGAGGGAGAAGGCAGAGUUCCUCAGAGAUGAAGGAGGAGGGAGGGACAGCAAGCCCGAGGUCAGCUCGGGUGGCUCUGGGGAACAGCCCGUCUCCGGUGUGCAGGGAGAUGCCUCAAGCACUGCUCAGCCUGGAGGGACAGCUGAUGGUGGGGACGGGGCAGUGGCUGCUGGGAGCAUCCCUGUUGUCCUCCAAAUCCAGCCUCUCCAGAUGGACAGCCACCCACAGGGUGUCAGGGUGGCCCAGCUGGUCAUCAGCCUGCAGGGCCCAAACCUCCCCCUCCUCCCUCCGCUCCAGCCCCCUGUGACCACCGUGGACCAAAAAUACGUCAGGAUUGCCCCCCUGCCAGUCCCCACGAGGCCUGGGGCUCUGGGGGAUGUGCAGGAGGUGGAGGCAGCCCCCGGGCACCAGCAGGGUCCCCCUGCCCUCUCCCGGAUCCACAAGUGCUCCCACCCGGGCUGUGACAAGGUGUAUUCCAAGAGCUCCCACCUGAAGGCUCAUUUCCGUCGGCACACCGGGGAGAAACCCUACACCUGUGCCUGGCCCAACUGUGGCUGGAGGUUCUCCCGGUCGGACGAGCUCUCCCGUCACAAGCGCUCCCACUCCGGGGUGAAGCCCUACCAAUGUGCUGCCUGUGAGAAGAGGUUUGCCCGCAGUGACCAUUUAGCCAAACACCUGAAGAUCCACCGGGGCCAGCCCUGCAGCCCACGGACACCUCAGGGGGGCAGCAGGAGGUAAUUCCUGCUGCUCCUCCCUGCCAGGAGGCCCCAGAGCCGAGCAAACAGUGCAGAAACCACCAAGGAAGAGGGGGAAAUGACUCUUUGCCAAAUGAUAGGAGAGGCUGUGUUAGCCCUCUGUUCAAGGAUGACAAUGGUCAUGGCCUGUCUCUGGUACUUCUGUCCUUCUCUGAAAUACAUGUGAUGGAAAGUGGAGUUAACCUGGGGUGAGAGAGUGUGGGGGGGGGAAGUGGGGUUGGGGUGAGACAGCUUGGCAAGAUUUGCACACCUUGAGAGACAGAGCAGAGAAUGUCCAGCCCAGGGGAGCUUUGGAUGUCCCAUCCCUGGAAGUGUUCA